GCGUGCUGCCGAGAAGCCGGAAAAAAAUCCGCCAAAAAACGGUCGCGGGAACGGAAAAGCGGCAAAACACUAUCCGUGUUCAGCAACGGCAAAUCAUCGUUGACGCCGGUAUAAAAAAUUGCCGCACCGCGGUUGAAUAACGGCAAAACAGGCGACAAAAAAACGGCGCUCGAGAGAAAGCAGCGGCACGUAACGUUACCGUCACGAGAAAAACUCGUGGUGAGAAAACCACCGUCGAAGGAAGAGGACUUAAAAAAAAGGAAGAAGCAUCAAGAAAGCCCCUGGCUUUUUCUUUCUUUCCUCUUUUCUUUUCUUUCUCUUUUUUAUCCUUUUCGGCGAUUUAUUUAGUGGUCCGAACUUUUUCGUUGAAUCUUCUUGGCACGCAACACAGGGUGGCCGGAAGGUGCGGCAAACAAGCCGGAGCGAAUAUCGAGGAGCUCGAGCUCAAAGCAGCCGGAAGUGCCAAGGUCGUGGGCACGAGUUUGCUGAGGGAUCGGGACAAAGGAGUCCGAGGGCGCUGGGAUUGUACGAUCGGUGCUCAAACCGAUGAAAGCUGGGUGGAGGAGAAUUGGCAGUUUCGAACACCGCGGGAAGAUCGAGACGACCGGAAAGAACUGGAUCCAAGAGCCGAACCAGAUCCGGAUCCGCAAGCCCAGAAAGGAACUGGACCGACGAGCCAGACGAGCGGAACCAGAAAACCAAGUUUGUCGUGCGCAUGUCGUAGGGUGCAUCUCCAGUUUCCGGGAGCAAAUUCUUCCCUAUCAUCCCGACAUCGAAGCGUGGGAGUCAACCAGCUCUGCUCAGAGCCACCCACGCGCGUUUGCCAUUGUGUGGUCCAGUGAUGACCGCUUGUAACCAGGAAGAUGAGCGCUCUUGCUGCACGUUCGACGCCAUUCCGGAAAGGCCUGGAGGCCAAAUCUCCGGUUAAUCGUCGUCGUUGUCCAUCGCUCAAACCGGCAACUGAAAUGAGAGAGACUUCACCGGGCAAGCCUUCAAUAAGAAAGGAACUCCCUCAAUCGUUUUGAAUCGUUGGGCGGAAAUGCUAAAACAACCGAAGCUAUUAUCGAAGACUCACGAAGACCUAGCGAGAAGAAAGAACCACAUCGUGUUUUGAGAAACCGGUUUAUUCUGGCUGGCUGCAGAGAGGCAUAGCAGAGGUAUUAAGUUUACCAAACUCAAACCUCGACUGAAUUUAGCCGGCAAGUUGCCGUGCCAUGGCCCAUGAUGCAAAGUUGCGCCUCAAGUUGAGUUAGUUUGCGCUGAGAGUUCUGUCGGUGCGCGUCGCUGUCGGUGGCUGAUUUCGAGUGCUUUUCACAGUUUGCUACUUUCAAGAAACAUUUACUAGCGCAGAAGGUUAAGCUAGAUGGUCUUACUUAAGACCAGUUUACUAAGAGACCCUUCUAGGUGUGUGAAAUCGUGGGGAGCAGUGGAGUUGUCUCUCAUCAUUUCGUGGACCCCGUGACACAUUCUUCCUUUUUAAGAUUAACGUUAUAGUUUAUUUUCUUACGAAACCUGCAACAAGAAAUCUAUACUUUGAGGGAGUGUUUGUGAGGCAAUAACUGUGGCCUGUCGUUCGUGGCAUUUACGCGAAACCAAUCCCCCGAUCCUGAGCCAAUUUAAUUUGCCAACGACGACGUCGAUCGCGGGUGCACUUUUACUUUCGUUUUCGAUUGAAGUUAUUUCUGAGUAAUAGCCGUGUAAGGCAUAUCUAGUUGUUGUUUUCGCUUGAGAACCAGUAGUUAUCGAUUGUGUUUGAUGGUUAUCUGAGAAGAGAAUACACCGUUUAGUACCAACCCGGUUUGACCAGCCGCAAUUUGUAACGGUUAUUUUCCGUUCGGGAAGUGACAUGAGUUCUUCCACCUUCAAAAGCUGGAUAUCGUUGACGGUUUCGGUGGUGCUUCUGCUACUCGGAGCCCCCAAUAAUGGCCAGCACCAGACGUUUGCCAGUAUAGUAACCGAUCACGACCGUGUGGUUGUGUGCUACAUUUCGACAUGGGCAGUCUACAGGAAGGAUACGGCUUCCUACAGUUUGGACCACUUCGACCCAAAGUUGUGCACCCACGCCGUGUACGCGUUUGCCGGACUGGACGAGGAGAACAACGCCAUGAAAUCGCUAGAUCCAUGGCAAGAUUUGAAGGAUAACUACGGCAAGGGUGGAUACGAAAAGCUGGUGGCGAUGAAGACGGCCAAUCCCCAUCUGAAGGUGUUGCUCGCCAUCGGUGGCUGGAACGAGGGAUCCGAACGGUACUCUAAUUUGGCGGCAAAUCCGGAACGGAGACAAGCGUUUGUGAAGAACGCUCUUGAAUUUAUCAAACGCUUUGGGUUCGAUGGGCUGGAUUUGGACUGGGAGUAUCCGACGCAGCGUGGUGGUAAACCUUACGAUCGGGAAAACUUUGUCUCCCUGGUCAAAGAGUUGAGUCAGCAGUUCAAGAGAAACAACCUGCUGCUAACAUCGGCUAUCGGAGCGGGAAAAGACACCAUCGAUGCGGCUUACGAUAUCAAAACGCUGUCCAAGUAUCUGGAUUACCUGCAUAUUAUGUGCUACGAUUAUAAUGGUAGUUGGAAUCGGAAAAUCGGUCCCAAUGCGCCACUCCAAAGCAGUCGAGAUGUGCUGAGUGUGGAGUACACGAUUGAGCAUCUGAUGAAAUUGGGAGCUCCAUCGAGCAAGAUCGUCAUGGGUCUUCCUUUCUACGGCCGGACUUUCGUUACGGCAGCCAAACGGGCAAAGAUAGGUGAUGAGUCGGAUGAAAAAGGUUUCGCCGGACGUUCCACCAACGAGAAUGGAUUCAUGGGCUACAACGAGGUGUGUGAAGCGUUGAAAGAAAAUCCCGAUGGCUGGAACGUUUCCUGGGAUCCGGAAGCAUCGGAAGCGAUCGCUACAAUGCUGGAUGGAAACAUGACCAAGGUUGUCAUCUACGAUAACACUCGGUCAAUGGCCAACAAAGUGCGAUACGCGAUUCGACAAAACUUGGUGGGUCUGAUGGUUUGGUCCGUGGAUACGGAUGAUUUUAACGGGUUGUGUACUGCUGAGGAGGAUACUUAUACCGAUUUUGGAGAUCGUAACCAGAUUAAGCUGAAUAUCCCUCCGCCGAUCCAGGAUAAGUACAAGCUGCUCAAAACGAUCAAUGAUGCCAUCGUCGUUGCUACCGAUGAGCUGAACCAGGAGAACGAAAUAUCCCACGUGCCUGACGAAGUUGAAGGUUCGACCGUCAAAAGUCCGGGAGGAAGCGCGACAGCUGCUGCUCUAUCUAGUUCGUGCUUAUUGAUCAGCUUCUUGUUGCUAAGGUGGGCUUAAAGUCUACUAACGAGAGAUAUGUGAGAUGUGAAACGGUGAGUUUGUAGUUGAAUGAUUUGUAAAUACAAAAU